CCCCUUCCCCUCCCCUCUUCCUUCCCCUGUUGCGAUCUGCGGGGCAGUUCGUUCCAUUCUUGUGUUCCUCAUUUUGUUAUAGCUGCAUAUCAGCUCUCAGGAGUGGAGUCCAUUCCUGAACAGAAUCUAGCCGAGUUGGAACAACGAUGCAUACCAACCGGCCUAGGGUUGUGAUUCCUCCAGAGGUUCCAUUUGUUACAGGAGCAGCAUAUAACUCCCCGCCUCCCCCCUUCUUCGAACCCACCCCUUCGCCUGCUGCGUACUACCGCUCACAGCGCUACCAUUCGAAAGAAGGUAUCAGUCCCGUUCGACCAUCCUACUCCUACUCUCCCUCUUCUCCACGCUCACAGCGUCCUCGAGUGAUUCCUUGUCAGACUUGCCCUUCACCACGCCGCACACGCACCGCGUCGCACCCGGCGGGAAUUCAUCUUCGUAGGAGUGGUAGUAACAGAGAGCCUUGGGAACAUAUGGCGCAGACGUACGCUUGGGUGUUCGAGCAGGAGAUUGCGGAGAUGUCGAGGAAGAACGAGGAGACUGUCCGAUGGAUAUUGAAGCAGAAGGAACGGGACGCGAGGGAACAAACGUUCUUCACGAGAGUGACCAUUGAGCAGAAUUAUCGGGGUCGGACUUCUGUGGAGGAGCUGUUAUACGAUAGUGAAGACGAAGGGACGAGAAGGUCGACGAAACAUUGGCAGAGAGAAAUGGAAAGGAUGGUUCAAGAGGAAAUUCGGAGGAUGGCAGGGAGGAGAAGGGAGGCCGAAAAGCACCGGAAUAUCCACGAAAUGCGUAAAGCACGAGACCAGGCCAAGGAACGAGAACGUCUAGAUCAAGAGAAAGCCAGACUUCGUCGCAAAGAGGUGGAGAGCAAAGCAUGGGAGGUAUACGAGACCCGAUGGAAUCAGAUCACUUCCAACUCGGAUUUGGUGGAGCCAUUGAAGUUUGACGAGAUCCCUUGGCCAGUACUGGACCGACCGAGGACGGUCGGUGAUAUCACUCCAGCUCGAGUUACCAUGUUUCUCCUUUCAUCGCAUCACUCGGAGAGUCAAAGUAGAAAGGAACGAAUCAAAUCUGCGCUACGCAGGUGGCAUCCCGACCGGUUCGGAAGGGUAUUGGCAAAGGUUCGGGACGAUGAUAGGGCAAAGGUGGAGGAGGGCGCGGGUAUCGUGGUGCGAUGUUUAAACAAUCUCCUCGAGAGGGAGGGUUAGAUUUCAUGUCUGGCCUCCGUCGAGAACGUAGUCUAGAAGAUGUGACCGAACGCUACUGUUGAGGUGAAGAGCACCUCCGGGCAAGUAGUAGCUGGAUGUCACGAAGUAACGGUUGUACAAGGGUGCAACAACGAUGGGUUAUACCGCAACACAAGCAGGUGCUUGGCGGUAAAUAUGCAGUAUGCGUAUAUGUCCUCAUCAUGUCACAGAACAGGAGACGAGAGCCAUCUCGAAGGGAGCGAGGUUCCCUUCAUUCGAAUCCGUAGUGAAGGCCGUAUACUGGUAGUCUCUUAAACUACCGCAGUGGCUCGAUUCUAUAUGCAUUUUCUCAGACAGACAACCUUACGAUGAUAUCAAACCUAUUUGAAAAUAUCUCAGUAAAUUGUACUCAACGUA